AUGGUGUGUAUUCCGGAGGGUUUUGGUGGAUGCCGGAGGUGUAGGACGGAGGCUUUCCGGCGAAAAAGGAGUUCCGGCAAAGGGAGAACGGCUAACGGUCGGCGCGAAGUCAGUUUCGAGCGGAGGCAAGAGAUUUCUGGCGAGAAAGGAAGUUUUCCGGUCAGGUACCCUUCCAUUUCGGAACCCAUGGGUAGCAAUACUGCUAUAGCCUUUAGUGACUCUGAAGAUCUGAUCAACCAAGCUGAAUACGAAGGUGAGGAAGAUUGUGAGGUGCCAGGGGAAUUGGAUAGACUUCUACAACAAGAGGAAAGAGUAAUUCAGCCUCAUGAAGAGCAGUUGGAUACAAUCAACUUGGGAACUGAGGAAGACAAGAAGGAAAUCAAGAUAGGUUCCAAUCUAGAGCCGAGUGUCAAAGAGCGCCUAAUUCAUCUAUUGCAUGAUUAUGUUGAAAUCUUCGCCUGGUCAUACGAAGACAUGUCGGGACUCGAUACAGACAUUGUGGUUCAUCGUCUCCCCACAAGAGAAGACUGUCCACCGGUGAAACAAAAGGUCCGCCGCAUGAGACCUGACAUGUCCGAGAAGAUCAAAGCAGAAGUUAUGAAGCAGUUCAAUGCUGGAUUUCUGGCUGUUACUUCCUAUCCAUAA